UACUUGAAGCCAAGCAAAAAGACGAAGACCGCAUGCUAUGGUUGUUCGGAGAAUUUUCGAAUUCACGAUCUUAAAGUCAUAUGAUUCACAGCAAAUAUAGCAACAAAUAUCUCAAUUGGUAUUUUCCAAAGCCACGAAACGUGCAUUGAGUUUGGAGCGAUAUCUGAAGUGAAGAUUGAAGACGUGAUAGAAGAUGGACGACUACUGCUAUGCUAAGAUGGCGACGUCCGCUAAAAGAGAACAUGAAAGAGAAUCAGCGCCACCAACUUCCAGCAAAUCACCAACGGAGAUAAAGACGAAAGAUGAAGACGUCCAGCAGCUGAUCGGUAAUCCAGAAGAAGUUUCCCCUCAGUUCGGGGGGAGCUCCACUUUGAAGCAGGAGACUCCACAACCACCCUGCAUUAAAAAGGAAGAGGAGGAACUCUGCAUCACUCAGGAGGGAGAGUGUCUUCUAGGACGAGAGGAAGCUGAUUACACCAAGUUUCCACUGAGUAUUCUCUCUGUGAAGACUGAAGAUGAUGAAGAGAAGACUGAAGAUGAUGAAGAGAAACCACAAGUAGACAACCUCUUAGCUCCACUAUCAGAUAGUGAGGCUGAAGACGAGGUUGAAGAACCUUUGAGCAGCGAUACAGACUGUGAAGGUCAUAUGAGGACUCACACUGACAACAAAUACUCUGAAUGCUCUACAAAGAAGAGAGGUAAAACAUGUUUGAGCUGCUCAGUUUGUGGUCAAAGUUUUACUAAAAAGAGCAGUUUGACUCGACACAUGAGAACACACACAGGAGAAAAACCUUUUAAUUGUUCAGUGUGUGGCAAAAGCUUUUCUCUAAAUGGCAUUUUGACUCGACACACGAGAACACACACAGGAGAAAAACCAUUUAAUUGUUCAGUUUGUGGCAAAAGCUUUUCUCUAAAUGGCAUUUUGACUCGACACACGAGAACACACACAGGAGAAAAACCAUUUAAUUGUUCAGUUUGUGGCAAAAGCUUUUCUCUUAAAAGCAUUUUGACUGAACACAUGAGAACACACACAGGUGAAAAACCAUUUAAUUGUUCAGUUUGUGGCAAAAGCUUUUCUGUUAAAAGCAGUUUGACUCAACACAUGAGAACACACACAGGUGAAAAACCACUUAAUUGUUCAGUUUGUGACAAAAGCUUUUCUCGAAAUAGCCAUUUGACUGAACACAUGAGAACACACACAGGUGAAAAAACAUUUAAUUGUUCAGUUUGUGAUAAAAGCUUUUCUCGAAAUAGCCAUUUGACUCAACACAUGAAAACACACAUAGGUGAAAAACCUUUUUAUUGUUCAGUUUGUGGCAAAAGCUUUUCUCGAAAUAGCCAUUUGACUCAACACAUGAAAACGCACAUAGGUGAAAAACCAUUUAGUUGUUCAGUUUGUGGCAAAAGCUGUUCUGUUAAGACAAGUUUGACAACACACAUGAGAACACACACAGGUGAAAAACCAUUUAGUUGUUCAGUUUGUGGCAAAUGCUUUCUUUGUAACAGCUCUUUGUGUCGACACAUGAGAACACACACUGGAGAAAAAUCAUUUAGUUGUUCAGUGUGCUCUAAAAGGUUCCCACGUAAUGCAGACGCAGUAAAACACAUGAGAACACACACUGGAGAAAAACCAUUUAGUUGUUCAGUUUGUGGCAAAUGCUUUCUUUGUAACAGCUCUUUGUGUCGACACAUGAGAACACACACAGGUGAAAAACCAUUUAGUUGUUCAGUGUGCUGUAAAAGGUUCCCACGUAAUGCAGAUGCAGUAAAACACAUAAGAACACACAAGGGAAAAUAACCAAUUAGCUGUUUAGUUUGUGGUAUGUUGCUCAUAUGUGGUGACAUCCACCCUACCCAGGACCUCCUCACUGCUUCUUUCACAAAUAUCUGAGGUAUUCAUACAAACUUGGAUUAUUUGGAGCAUAAUCUUAUCCACUCAUGACCCCAUGUCUUCUCUGUAUCUGAAACCUUCAUGAACAGUAAGAUAGAUGAUGCUUCAAGUGCUUGGUUACUCCUUCUUCAGUCCAGGGACCUGGGGCCUCAUGUGUCAAGUUUGUGCACGCUCAAAAACCUGCACUACACCCUUUUUCACUGCAAAGUUGAGAUGUAUCAAAACUGACAUUGAGAUGCUGGGUAACUGUUUGCAUAACCAAGUGCCAACUUUUACUCCUCAGACUAAUUGAUGUGCAAAUCAGAGACAUAUGAACAUUAACACCCACAAUCCAACCCCCACCUCCCUCGACAUUCGGGCAUAACAGGUUCAAUCUGGCCCGUGAGAUGAGUUUGCGAAGUGUAAAAUUCAGCUGCAUUUUUAAUGAAAGAAACUGCUGUUCUAAUUGUCUCCACUGGAUGUCGCAAUAGCAAUUCUGUUAGGCAAGCAAAUAGCAUAGCAAGUAUAUCAAGCAAGAGGUACACGGUAAAGCGGGGCUGUGACUCCUCCCCCUCCACCCAAUGUAAAACAGAAGUAAAAUAAGCAAUCAGUAACCCCACUUAAAAUGCAGCAUGAGACACUGCACACUGAUAUAGUUCUGUGAAAAUGAUUGUCUUCUGUGCAAAUGUAAAGAAAGUGAACAGUGUGUGAUUUACUGCAAUACUGUCAGUCUUUUCACUUUUUAUUUGUGCUUUGUUGAAAUUGUUCACACAUUGCACAGCUUUUAUUUUUCUAUCAAUACACAUUAUGUCUAGAAGACGGGAAGUAACUCAACAAUCUUGAAUAGUUUCUACCUCAGUUUGUAUGGUUUGUUGAGUUAGCAGAGGAUUAAUAUCGUAUUUCCUUGAAUUAGCGCCAGGGCGGUAAUUAAUUUAAAACCUCUUCUCACUCCGGCGCUCACCAAAGGCAUGCGGUAAAUUCAGGCCUGCGCUUAUAAAUUUGAGUGUGAUGUAAGGAUACCAUCAUGAAAAGCACAUUUAUUAAAAAAAACUUUAUUAUGGUCUUACGUUUACUUAUAAAUGAAGUCCAUGCGCAGCUCCUUCUGAACAAAAGCAUCGAUAACUUGUUUAUAGAAGUCUUCCUUAUCUUUCUUCAGUUUUAAAAGUCUCUCUGUCUUGAUGGAGAUAUUCCUUUAAUUAUUACCUCCUGCUUCGAUUGAAAGUCCAGUUUAGAAAACUGUUUUAUUUUAGAUAUGUAAUCGUCCAUGUUAAAAGGCCAGACGAGAGGAAAAAAUAAUCGAUCGCUGCUAACUGUUGCUGCUUGUUGUCACUUCUUCUGCAGCCGAGUAGUCGCAAGAAGGAUCACUAGCGCCCUCUACCACCAGGAGGCGGGAGUCAUUUAAUGACUCAUAUUUGACACACGCAGCUACGGUAUAUUAAUAAAACAUAGCUGAUUACUGUUCUUUUUAGCAUAUUCAAGAGCUUGGACCUUGAAUCCUACUGAAUAGCUUUUAAUCUUCUUCCAUUUAUGUGAUUUUAAAUGAUUGAAAUCAGCCUCCUCCAUUUUGAAAAUGAUGACAGGUGAAGUGUCACUCGUGACGUGACGAGUUUGACCCGGCGGAAAUUCUAGACAUGCGCUAAUAAAAAUAAUAUUUUGCGAAACGAGUUUGACCCAGCGUUACUCCUGAGCCGGCGGUAAUGCUAAGCAUGUGCUAAUUACUUUGCGAAACGAGUUUGACCCCGCGGUAAUUCUAGGCAGGCGCAUACUAUAUAUCCGGCGGCAAUUCAAGGAAAUACGGUAUGUGGAAAUGACAAAUGAGGUAGUUGAUACAUAGAAUAGUUUUUAUUCAUGCUUUAUUUUGUUUUUUGUUCAAUCCUAGAUGGGUUGUGAGUUAAAGUUUAAUAGAAACACUGAGAUUAAGUCUAAUUUCAUUGUGUUCUUCAAGGUGUUUUGAAAAUGCACCAUUUUUUUCCUCUAAAUGUUUAACUAACUUGAAGUAUUUUGUCAAGAGGAUUAUUUGUGAUAUGUACAUUUUCAGAAUGUGCUAGUUCUAUUUUGGG